AAUCACAACAAAAUUGCAUCUCUAAUGUAAACACUAUUAUCUGUGACACUUUCCCUGUUCUAUCUACAUUUGGUUUACAAAAUCUAAAUGGAUGUGACCUGCAAAGGAAAAUGGAUAGUUACACAAUUCUCAUUCUUUUUUUGAACUUCGGGAUGUCAAGUGGAAGCAGUGUCACAUGUGACAGUAGUAUUUGUGGCCCUAACAGUGGUUGUUCUCCCUCUUCAAAACCACCUGGGUAUACGUGUUCAUGUUACCCAGGAUUCUUGCCUCCAAACUGCACAGAUCGUAAUGAAUGUUUAAAGUCAAGUCACCAUGGUCACCUGUGUAACAAUGGCACAUGCAUCAAUACCCCGGGAUCGUUUCAUUGCGCUUGUUACAUGGGAUUCACAGGAAGUCGAUGUAAUCAUCAAGCUGACCCGUGCUUGUCUGAUCCCUGUCAGAACGGGGGCACCUGUCAUUCAACAUCAGACGGAAACUACACGUGCCGAUGCUAUGCUGGAUUUGAUUCAAAUAAUUGCAAAGAUAUGGAUGAGUGUUCCAUGGUUUCUGGACUGUGUCACAAUGGUACCUGUGUUAAUACCUUAGGAUCAUUUAAGUGCAAUUGCAAUGCUGGAUACCAAGGAGAGCGCUGCACGCAGGAUGUGAAUGAGUGUGACAAAAAUGCAUGUAACAGUAAUAGUGCGUGUGUUAACACCAUAGGCUCUUAUAAAUGUAUGUGUUAUCCAGGAUUUGUAGGUCCAGAUUGCAGAGAUAGGGACGAAUGUUCCAUGUCAGCAAAUCUAUGCAACCAUGGCAACUGCAUAAACACACCAGGUUCAUUCCGGUGCUCUUGCCUAAGUGGCUUUGAUGGUACAAGAUGUACACAAGAUAUCAACGAAUGCUUGAACUCACCAUGUGUGAAUGGCUUGUGUGUGAAUACAGCAGGGUCUUUUAAAUGUAACUGCAAUAAAGGGUACCAAGGGAAACUUUGUACACAGCAGAUUAAGUCAACCUUAUCUACAACUUCAUCGACUCUUCGACAAACAGUACACAAAUCUCCAAUUUCACUUUCUUCACGCUUUUCAACAUCUACAGCUCCAAUGCCCACAACAAGCAAAUCUACUACACCACUAGCUCGAACUUCAACAGAAACUUCUACAAUAACAAGUACAUCUACUAAACAAUCUCAAACCUCUGCUGCUUCUACAACUUCUGUGAAACGCUCAACCCAUUCAACAAAAAUAUCAACAUCUUCUGUACGUACAUCUUCAACUGUAACACCUACUUUAUCAUUACCAUUGUCUAAAUUCACUCACUCUCAAGCAAUACAAACGCUGACUUCUACAGCAUCUACCAAGAACUAUGUGCCUGCAACAAACAGAUUGAAUGCUGCUCAUAAAAACAGUGAAAGUGUUCCAUGGACACAGAAUCACUGGUACAUAUUUGUGAUUGUCGGUGUAGUACUGGUGGCAGGCGUUAUACUCAGUCUGCUUGUAUGGAGGAGAAGGCAAAAGAAAGCUAUUGUAUACCGACAUUUCAGCAGUUCUCUCAGUGUACCAAGUACCCCAACCAAAGAGACAAUCCAGCAAGAGAAUCCCCUAUAUAUGGCAUUUCAUGGACAAGAUUCUGGAACUUCAGAUCUUUAGAUAAAACUUCAUGUCAGAACUUAUAAUCUCUAUUAUAUUAAUUGUGCUUAUUUCCAUUGUUUUUGUUGUUAAAUGUAACUGUUUAUAAAAACUGUCAUUAAACUGUAUAUGUAUCAAAAAAUGUUGGUUUACUAGUGAAAAACAUUGUUGAUAAUGACAAUAUAUUGGUCAAGAUAUCUUAACUUUAUUUCAAAUUAGCAGUCGUACAGUGUCAGGAUUCUGUAUUUCACUAAUAUAGGCAUAUAGAUGGUUAUUA